GACAAGGAGGCAGAACUAGGGCUGCCGUUCUCUCCACUGUGUGACCGGAAAGCUACCAUGAUUGCCCAGUCUCAGAUAGGGUUCAUCGAUUUCAUCGUCGAGCCCACGUUCUCUGUUCUGGUCGACACCACAGAGAAGAUCAUUAGUCCUCUCAUAGAGGAAGCUGUCAAAUCUGGGGGUGUCCGCAGGUCAAGUUUGACGGGUCGGGGCUCGGCUGCGGUGGUGGAGGCAGUACAGAGACACAGCGGUCGGGGUUCGACUGAUGAGCAGGGAGGCACUACAGAUUACUCACUGGGCGGCAUCGACCUGAAACGAGUCCGACACCUGCUCUCUGAGAUCAUCCAGAACAACAAGGAGCGCUGGAAAGAGCUGUCUGUUCAAGAGUUGGCCAACAAACAACACGAGAGAAUGUCAGACCUGGAAGAGGAGCCCAUGAGAAACACACAAGUCACACUGUCCUGCAGCAGUCCAGCCAGAGGGAGUCACGACUUGGAGUCAAAGUCCCUGAACGAACUGAACAAUACGGACUCCACUCACUCUUCCCAGGACUCUCUGGACCAGAGUUCCCAGUCCCCAACAGAGGGACCAGGCAACAGCUCAGAAACUCUGCCUUGGAACGGCAAAAGCGCCUGACGUCCCACGGACGGUGCCAAGCCUGAAUGUUUUUAAUCAGAAACAGGAUGAUGUCCAUAGCAUUGUCCUCAUUGUAUUGUAAUGCUAUUAUACUCUCGGGCUCAGAGGGCUAAUUGUGCAGACGGAUGCGCAGAAUGUCCACGCAGCACAUCGUAGAGAUGGUAGUGUGCAGUGUUGUCAUUGCGACUGUGUUAUUGCUGGAGACAGACCUCUAUCGUCCCCUUGAGGAGGAUUUAGCGAGUCCCUGAAACCAGGGGUUAAAGUGUUUUUCAUCGCUACGAUGGAUUUCCGU